CGGAUUAGGCUACUCCAUUUUACUUAAAAUUUUUGACUCAAAACGGAGUAGCUAAAUCCGUCUUGCACUGUGAGGAAAAAAAUGUCUGACUUACACUUCUAGGAAUGGAAAAUUUAUUAUUUACAUAAUAAAUUACUCCUUGAUUUAUGACUCUAAACAAUUUCCGAAUUUACAAGUCGAUCUCGACAUGGCCAUCCGAUUCACAUCUCGCUUGGCCUCUAGGCUCCUCCGCUCCGCCACCACCUCUAGUACCGCCGCCGCCGCCACUUCUAGUGCCGCCGCAGCCACCAGGUUUCCAAGAUCUCUUCUUUUAGUCUCUCUUCUCCAAUCCCAUUCCCAUCCAUCCCAUGCGCUCUCCCAUGGCACCCUAUUUUUCCGAUCCUUAUCCACCCUGAGCCGUCCGAGCCGUCCCCAUCGCUCAGCCCGGCCAGAUAUUGGCGCUCGGGCCAGGCAGAUGCAGACACGACGUCUCUGGACUUACGCCCUAUCCUUAAGCUGCAUUGCUGGAUUUAUCAUCAUCAUUCUUAACCAGUUCCAAGACCAGCUCGUUUUCUAUGUGACCCCGACGGAUGCGUUAGCAAAGUACACCGCGAACCCCACCAGGUCAAAGAUCAGGCUCGGCGCGCUGGUAUUGGAGGGCAGUGUGGAGCAGAUUCCUUCAUCUCUAGAGAUGGAGUUCAUGGUGACCGACUUAAUAACUGACAUUUUGGUAAGAUACGAGGGAUCGCUGCCGGAUCUUUUCCGGGAGGGUCAUUAUGUUGUUGUAGAGGGGUUUAUAAAGCCGUACACAGAAGAGAUGAAGAAGAAGGAUGAGGGGAUGUUGAGAGAGAACAAGUCCAUGAUCACAGAGAAGGCCAGAAGUGGAAACUGUUAUUUUGAGGCUUCAGAAGUGCUGGCUAAGCACGAUGAGAAGUAUAUGUCGCAAGAAGUUGCUGCUGCCUUGGAGAAGAAUAAGAAAAUGCUAGAGCAGCAACGGAAGGAGGAAUGCGGGAGCGAAGCUAUACCCAAUGUGGAAAGGGAGAGCAAAACUAUACCCAAAGUGGAAAGCCGGAGCGAAACUAUACCCAAAGCGUAAAGGGAUUAAUCAUGCCCUCAGUCACUGGUCUGAUAAUUUUUUUUACAAAUGAACUCUUUAGCACUUCAAUGGACAUGUAUGUUUAUGCUUGAUUACAGAGUGCUGUUCUUUGACAUCACAGUCAGGGAGAUCAAAGAAGAGAUAUAGGCAAAUUUUUUAAGACAGGAGUUUAUUUUGAUGUUGUUCCAGGUGUGUGUUUGUUCUAAAGCAAGUACAACCUAUUGUAUUGCCCCUAUAAAAUGGUGUGGGCUACAAAAUAUGUACUGAUUUUGGCCAAGUUGCUAAUAAAUGAAUUAUGGUUCUAAGG